AGUUCAGCGAGGCGUUGCAAUAAACAAUUGCAGUAUGAGCAAAAAAAAUUAAAUUUCAUGGGGAAUCGAUUAGUUGUUUCGAAGAAAGUGCAUAUCCGUGAAAAAAUAACAAUAUAUUCUGCGUUAAAUAUUUUUCAAGUUAAAAAACGAAUAAAAUAAAAUAAAAAAGAGAUAAAAAAUAGAAUUAAAAGUUGAAAAAGGGGUUUUUUUUUUAAAUAAACAACUGUGCUCAAUGAACAUAGAUAUCUAUGGAAAAAUAAUAUUAAGUGACACGCGUCAACUGAUGCUGCGACAAUGAUUAAAAUUAUAAGAAUUGAGCAUUAAAAUAAUAUUUUAACGCACGUUUUGAAUAUCGUGGAAUGAAAUAAACAGUUAUCUAUCCAGAAUAAUAGUGAGAUAUUAGCCACCACGUGCUGUCGAUCAUCGACUCCGUUAGAUCUAUAUAUUCUUCUCUGAUAUAUACCAUAAAAUGGUUUAUCCAUACGCAUGUGCAUAAAUAACACGUGCAUUGGACAACAAUUGGCGAAUGGUGGGGUGGCAUAUCACCGUGCGAUGGUUCUUUAAUAACUGACACUCAAGUCCAUAAAGCCGGGACAAUAAUAACUGCGAAAUUAGGAACUGGUUGAAUAAGACACCCGUGCUAAUUCCAUUGUGAGAAGUCUCAAAUUUCUCCUGAUCGAAUAAAUCAUGAUGACAAUGGAAGCGACAGCGAAAAACAAAUCCAAAGUAUGGUCGCAGUGGCUAGCUGCAUCGACACUGCAUGUCCUUGCUAUUCUGGAUGGACUGGUGGGUGGAUGGACUUCGCCUUAUCUGACGAAAUUGACAACAGGUGCGGAAGCGGUAAAAAUUACAAAUGACGAGGCAUCAUGGAUUGCUACACUUUACCUAUCAUGCCAGCCCCUGGGUUCAAUCGUAGCAGCAGUGAUUGUUCACAAUAUGGGGGCAAAAAAGGCAGCAUUGUUUGCUGGUGUUCCCCACGCCCUGGGCUGGUCCUGUUUCCUGAUAAACGAGUCAGUUUCUUCGAUCUACACUGCUAGAGUGCUCUGUAGCUGUGGAUUAGGAAUGUACUUCAGUACUUUUCCACUUUACAUCGGUGAAAUUGGUAGUCCAAAGAUCAGAGGUGCUCUGACAAGUUUUGUCGGCCAGGGUGGUGGCAUUGGAUAUCUCCUUGGUAAUUUGCUGGGUGCAUAUCUGCCGAUGAGGAGCUUCGCUCUCGUAGGGCUUACCCUGAGUAUAAUUUUCAUGCUGUCAUUCUUUUUCCUUCCGGAUAGCUCACACUAUUUGGUGAAGAUCAACAAGAUAAAGAAAGCGGAGAAAUCUCUCAAGUGGUACAGUCGGCAGACCGACGUAAGGAGCGAACUCGAUGCGUUGAUAGAGUACAUAGGAACACCCCAGAAAUCAUCUUUAUCCCACAAAGAGAAGCUCAAACUUAUUUUAACACCGUUGAAUCGAAAACUUUUGAUGAUUGUCCUUGGUAUUCAUGGUUUUGUAUAUCUCAGCGGAGCAUAUGUAAUUCCAAUGUACAUGGAAAUUCUCCUGACAACCCUGAAAAUAGACGUAAUGGCACCGUCUGACGUUGUGAUAUGUGUAGCAAUAGUUGCAGUAAUUGGAGGUUUCGUGACAACAUACACAAAUGAUCAUUUUGGAAGGCGAACAAUGCUGGCAGUUGCUGCUCUAGGAGUUUCCAUCAGUUUCAUUCUCAUCGGUAUAAAUUUUCUCCUGCUCCGACAUGGUCACAAUGUCUCAAAUUUCCAAUGGCUGAUUAUCGCCGAAUUCAUGAUGUACCUAUUUUUUGUUAAUGUCGGAUUGACCAAUAUUCCAUGCUGCAUCGUGGGGGAAAUAUUUCCCUCUGAGCUCAAAGGGCUUGGCUCAUGCCUGUCGAAUAUUGUUAGCGCUUUAGCAGCAACUGUCGCGAGCAAAGGCUAUCAGCCUGUUUUAGAUCGGACAUCUGAGGAAUUUAUAUUCUUCUUCAAUGCAUCUAUUUUAUUUGCUCUCUUCAUUUAUGCGAUUGCUGUAGUUCCAGAGACAAAGGGUCAGUCGCUCCAAGAAAUUCAGAAUAUGUUCAAGAAAAAAAGUGAACGAAGAUUAAUGAAGGAUUGGACCAUUGAGGUCUAAAAAUUCAUUGUAGAUGAUUAUUUUGUUAUAUAUUUGUAAUAAGUAUGACCGAAGAAAUGUAAAUAUCAAGUUGUUUUGUAUUGUCUAGAUAUGUAUGUAUGAAAAACGAACUGCUUCACUCCAAUCGUUUGAAAAUAUUAUUCGUCGAUUGGAUUAUCAUCAUUACAAUACUUGAUGAACAAUAAAAUUCGUCACCUUUCA